AUGCGUGUCUUGUCGUUUGCUCUUGGCCUUCUCACGGCCGAUUUGGUUCUCGGAGCAGUGUGCCGGCCAAAAGGCACAACUGCUUCGCAGUCGGUUAGCACUUCGACUGUUGAAUCAUCUACUGCCACGGUUCCUACCAUCUCGACUACAGCUUCUUUGACCUCUGCGAGCGAGACCACGACUUCUUCCAGCGAGACCGAGUCGUCAUUCGCCAGCCUCACAUCCUCCACCACCCUGCCUGAAACCACUUCGACUACUGCUGCUGCUUCGACUACUGCUGCUGCUUCGACUACUUCAUCCGCUGCCCCAUCCGAGACCCCCGGCUCCAUCAUUGGCUCCGGGCCGGUGGCUGGCUUAACCAUCCAGGGAACCGGCGCCCGCUUCAGCUCCACGUCCUUCUCUGCAUCCAGCUCUGGCAGGAACUUAAUCUUCAACCUCGUCAACAACCGUCUACGGGAAAGCGCCGGCGACUACCUAUGUGUGUCCUACAGGCAGCCCGGUUCUCCCAUGCCGCUCGCCCUCUGCCCAUUUGACAACUUCACCUUUGCGCCCCUCACCUGCCAGCAGAGGCCCGAUGGCGUCCUUUCGUGUACCUCGCCAGUCGGAUACUGUGAGCACAAAGUGAUGGCGGACGGCCCCGACAACCCCAACGACCUCAACUUCUGCAGGAGAUCCAACAGUGGCACGUGGACUCAGUUCUAUAUCAACAAUAACCAGGAUGUCUACUUUGGCGACGCCAGCGGCACCUUCGCUGGCUACACUGCCAUUGACGCUCGUCUUGUCGUAUGA